AAAUAAUAUGGGUGAAACACAAAAUCCAAUGGAAUGUUCCAGAUACAGCGGUUUGAUGAUGAAUCAUUGGAAAAUAACACAUCAUACUGUUAGGAAAAAUGAUGAUAAUUAGCACAUCACAAAUCGAUAAUGACGUACUAUCAUGAUUUUUUUCACCUUGAGAGUCAAUCAUUUUUCUCUGUAGAACAAUAAAGAUACAUUUUUCAUAAUUUGUUUACUUUUAUGUUUUAUCAAAACAUGUACGUAUUGGAUUGAGUCUAGUAUUUUUGAAAUUACAUCAUUGAGAAAGCUGAAACAGCCUUGAUAAUUUUCCCAACGGAGGGAUAAUCGUGUUUAUGACUUUAUAAGAAUACAUGUAAUCUUUGCGAGUCAAUAUGUUAUUGUUUAAAUUCACAUCAAUCCGAUAAGAGUGUCAAGUACUACUCUUCCUUUAUUAUUUAAGUGACUUGUUAUUUCUUCAAGAAAUUAGUUAGCCAUGGAAGUUAAUAGGAAAAUGUUAAACAGCAACAGUGGUGAAACUGGAAAAUAUGUAGUUUAUGAUAAUACAUCUUAUAAUUCGACUGAAAGAUUUGAUGAUGCGUAUGAUUUGCAACAAUUCGGGUACGGCAAGAACAAUGUGAAGGUGCUUUAUGUACAACGCAAUGGACCCGUUCAUUCGAUUCGAGAGUGCGAAGUUGAUGUGAGGCUGCAGUUGACGUCCAAAGAAGACUAUUUGUCAGGCGAUAACUCGCGCAUCAUUGCCACCGAUUCACAAAAGAAUACGGUUUAUAUUCUGGCGAGGAAAUAUGGAAUAAAAUCUCCAGAACAGUUUGCGUUGAUUCUGUGCCAGCAUUUCAUCAACGUUUACAACCACAUUGAAAAGGUGAGGGCUCAUAUUUUGGAUUACCCAUGGCAAAGACUACAGGCAGGUAGCAGUCCUCACAAUCACGCAUUUAUCAUGGUGCCCAGUGUGACACGCUACUGCACCGUAACUCUUCAAAGAAAAGGUGUUCCAAGCGUAAUAAGUGGUUUAAAGGAUCUGAGAGUAAUAAAAACCACGCAGUCCGCAUUUCGAGGUUUUCUCAAAGAUGAAUACAGAACGUUGCCAGAUGCAGAGGACAGGAUUUUCAGUACAGUAGUUGACUCAUCAUGGCAAUACUCCGAAAUCGAUACUGUUGAUUAUGACAAAGCUUGGACUACGGUAAAAGACUGCAUUCUAGAGAAAUUCGCAGGUCCACCGAAAGAGGGUAUAUAUUCGCCAUCCGUCCAAAACACCUUAUAUUUGGCUGAGCGGCUCAUACUGGAUAAAUUGCCAGAGGUUGAUAACAUAGAGAUGUCAAUGCCUAAUAAGCAUUACUUUGAGGUAAACUUCAGCAAGUUUCCGAAGUGGCUAGUUGGAGAGGGACCAAACGAUACAGUAUUCUUGCCAGUCGACAAACCAUCUGGAUUCAUCCAUGCCAAGCUUGGCCGCUCCAAAAAUACUCACAAAUUACAGAAAUCUAAACUCUAAUACCGUAUUGCAAUCCAAAUUUAGAGUGAAUUUUCAUGUACAAAAUGUAUUCAUUAUUUUAUAGUAUGUUGUUCGUAUAAAUCAUAACAUUUUAAUGUAAGUUAUAAUUCAAUUUAAUUUGAAUCAGUAAGUUUUAAUGAAACGCUCGCAACACUUGGUAUCACAUAUCAACUACAUAUUAUGUAGUUUGCGAUACUUCAUUCUAUUAGUUAAAAACCGGUUAAGUGUGUUGAGUAUGAAAUAGAUUGUGUGUAUGAUUUAUAAUAGUUUUUCUAUUGAUUUGAAUGAAGCAGUGUAUUGAGUAUCCAGAGUAUGGAAUAGGAUGUGUGUAUGAUUUAUAAUAUUUUUCUAUCAAAUUGAAUGGAGCAUGAUUCUAAUAGGCGGUUUGUAAUUACGAUGAUAGUACGUAUGAAUAAUAGUAAUGUAUCUUCUAGUAAAUCGUAUCUUAAGCUUUAUUAUUUCACUGGAACUUAGUAUUAAUUAUUUUUUAUAAUAUUAUUUCAUAAAAUAGUUUUGAUUCACGAC